AGUUAGUUACAUUUACGUCGAUGGCCAUGUCCCGCAGCAAGACAGAGCCAGCACGAGCACGAGCACGUUGUACAGAGUUCCUCGACGGAGGGAAGUCCCCCUCCCGAAGACAGAGUGCGGUCAACCAGUCGAGGGUGCGCUGAGCUGAGCUGAGUGGAGCUGAGCUGAAGAAACUCCUCCCAGAGAAGGGCCGGGAAACUCUGAAGAUUCGGAUUGAUCCCCCCACCCCUCCCUCGCUGUUCCUCCCUCGGAUCAGGUUUGGGUUUGCUCUUCGGAACGUGGAUCCGAAGGUCUCGCGGUCGUUGCCAGGUCGCGGAGGUUGAUGGAGGAGGUUGAUUCUUUCCCGAGUAUGGCUCGCAGUUGACCUGUGAGCUGCAGCUGUUGCUGCUGUUGCUGCUAUCGAGCUCAGAGGUCUGGGCAGCUUCGCAAUGUGGAUGAAUUCCGACCCGGGGAAUGCUAGAAUGAUCGUUCGGAGGGGAGUAGGAGGAUUUUGUGCGCAGAUUUCUGGCUCUGAGCUCCAGGCGUUGGAUUGAAUGGGUCCGGGCAGCGUCUGUCUCUGUCGUAGCAUGGGCGGAAGGAGCAUGGCCUGGAAGGGGAACGCUUAGGGUUCAGAGAUGAAUCGGGCGUCGCUGUCGCCGCUGCGCGGGCGCAACAACACGAUGGAAGUUCUGAUGAUUACGGAGUUUGUGAAGUUCGUCAAGAGAAAGGCUCUGUUCUGCUGGGAAUCGGCCGUCGGCGCGAAAUGGAGAGCUCACACGUGGACCGUCUCCUUCUCCAAGAGAUUGCAUCCUUGGCUGCGCAUUCCCGUGGUCCUCGCCACGGAUUCGCUGGCAUGGAUCUUGCUCAUGGAAGUGGGAAUUUCGCUCGUCUUCAUCUCUCUGGCGACGGUCUACUUCAACGGAAUGUUCGUCCUGGCCCCAUACCUCGCCGUUCUCUUCUGGCUCCUCUCCUACUUCGCGCCGCCCCUCUGGAAUCUCUCCCAUCCUCCGCCCGACAUCACAUUUCUCCUCGCCUUGUGUAGCGUUUGCAUGUUCUGCAUUCUUUCGUUCAUUCAGAGCCGGAUAAAACACAAGGAUCCCAGUUUGGAUGUAGGGGACUUCGUGACGAGCUUUCUGUUGCGGAUCCCAGCUUUUCAACAGCUCGUCGUGGGAUAUUCAAUUUUCUCUCUAGGGAGUGCGUGCGCAGCUGUUUUCACUUUGGAUUUGUUCCUCGCAGUGUACUGGGGCUUCUUUGGUACUUUCUACGUGUUAGAGGUUUGCUACUUGCUGCUCUGUCGUCUUCCUUGGUUUGUAUUCAUACCGGCGGGUGUCGCCCUUCCACUCUUGUCUGUAGGACUGCUUCGAAAGCUUAAAUCUCAUCGAAGUCGUGUGAUGGACAGUGAGAGGCAGAUGAUUCAGCAAAGUAGUUUUCGGAGCCCAGUUUAGUGGCUCGACUAUUGUAAUCUCUCAAAAGAAGAUUGCUUCACACGUCGAUUGAAUGCAGCGAGGGCCCUUGUAAAUACGCUGGAAGGUGUGGCUCUCGUCCUUGAAUCUGUCAUUCAGAGGUUCGGUAAUAAAUAUUGUACAUAUGAUUGUUUCAGCCAAUACAGAUGGUUGGUGCCCCAUUCAUAUAACGUAAAGUCCGAGAAUUUAGAGUUUUUCGUGUGGCUGUCCUGUUUUCUAAGUUCAUGUGAUUAUUGUACGGAGCAAUAUUUCGUGUGCUAGCUGCUACUAUACAAUUGGAACGCUGAGGUAGCCAAGGGAGCUGGCCACAGACUUGUGGUGAGUAUCACAGAUGAUCCACGAGCAGGUUAAAGGAAUUUGGGUCAGGUGUUGAAGGAUAGAGGGCGAGAGAUUGAACUCGAGAAGGUUCAUUCCAUGGCUAAGAGUCAAUGUUUUAAACGCUAUGUUUUUGGUCGCCAG